GAUUAAAUUUCCGAUUAAAUAGCUUACUUUUAGGCUGAAUGCGUUAAAAUUGUAGUUUUAAUGUGAAAUUAUUCUUUAGAACGACUUCAACGCCAUUUUUCCGCAUAUUUAAGUUGUUCAUGUUCAUUUCAAAAAGUAACGGGAGAAGGCACAUCCUCGUAGUCCUUCGUAACUGCCGUCAUUAGCUUUUUUCCCUUCGACAGCGACGGUCCUUUUCCUUCCGUUCGGGUCCGCGCAUCUUUUGUUCACUUAACUCUGUCGCACGCUUUUCUCGCUAUUAGCAAAGUUAACGCAUCGCAUACCCAUACACAGCUUCGGAAUAUAAAAAGUUAAAACUCGAUAAAUUCAAGUACAAACGGACAUUUGAAUGCCAACGGAACUUGCAGUUUUUUCCAAAAGCAAUUGUGCUUUUUUCUUAUAAUUUGCAAAAACAUUUUCAAAUAAUUUGCAUGAAACACAAAUAUACCGACUAGAAUCGAAACUUGAAUAUUGCCAAUCAGCCAUAACGAUUCAAGCAAAGUGCCAAAACAUCGUAUAGCAUUCGAGUCUGCUCCCGAAAAGGAAAAUAGCUUUACAUAAAAUUUACGGUUACGAGGGAUUUCCAGUUACAGUUACACACAGACAACCCACACAGGCUCAGCCACUCACACAAAGUUACUUCACCACACGGCUUGAAUUCGCUUAAGGGGGGAGAGGGGAUGGCCCCAGUCCUUGAAGCUUCUCAGCCUACGAACAACCCCCAUCAACAUUGGGUGCGUCGGUACUCGGUCUCAACGUAAGGGAAAACGGAAAAAAAUAACCGUCAACAAAAAACAAACAAACACAAACACAGGAAGCCGACGCUGUCCGUGUGUGUGGUUGUCGUUUCUGGUAUAGAUUUACCGUUCCCUUAAUCUUCUGUGUGUGUGCUUGUGAGCGCCACAAUAAAAGGAGGAGCAAAGGAUAUUAUGACGUUGUCAGCCGCAUUUGCGAAUACGCUACUACAAUCCGUCCACUUUGGUUAAGCCUAGAAUAACCUUACACCAUGUUUGGAUCCAAGCUACGCUCCUGGAUGGAGACGCACAUCGUGCGUCCUCGCAAGAAGGGCAGCAAGCACAAGCAGGCGGCCUCGGAAGCGGGCAGCUCAUGCUCCAACCACUCCAAGAAGGCGGGCACCCUGCCUCCGCAGGGGAGCAACUUAACCAGUCCGGUCUUGACCAGUAGCGGGAGUCAUAGUAUCGCUAGUCCGGUGCGGAGGCGCGAGGUGUCGCCCAUCCAGUGCCACCCACCCAGUCGUCGCUAUGGCUGGCAAUCCCCCGACGAAGACUCGUACGUCAUAACCUCGCCCAAGUCGGACAAUCUGCUCUACGCCCCGCACUGCUAUCAGCCACAGCCGCAGGCACCGCACCACUUGAGUGUGCCCAACAGCAAGGACAACUCCUGCACAGAGAAGUCUCCCAUUAGGGUGAACUGCUCCUCGUCCUCUAUAUCGUCGUUGUCCUGGUCGACAGGCUCGAAGGAGCCCUCUUCCGGCAAGCAAGCUACUUUGAGGGAGCAGUUCUUUAAUGGGGAAUACCAUAUUCCAAAGGAAGAGGAGGUUGAGUACGAGGAAGUGGGCGCUCUACUGCUCCGUCCGCCGGCUCCCAUUCCAGCGGACCAGCAACGUCCGCAGUCUGAGAACUUGAGCUCUGUGCGGCUGAUCUACGAGGAGGAGCCCAGGCAAAGCAACAAUCAUGUCCGAUACGGUCGCUUGCUGCCCUCCAAGCUGGCUCAGCUUGGCGAGUCCCUGGACAAUUUGAAACCUCCAAUUCCACCGGCUCCGCUAGCUGGCUCGCGGAUGCGAACUCCCCGGGGAAUGCAGCGCAGCAAUAUCAUGCCGGGACCCCGACCACACAGCUUACCCUCUCCGGAGAGCGCCUACUCCACGGGCUACUCCACCGACGGCACAUCGCCGUGCGCCGCCAGCAACUACAAUCCACCCGAGUACUAUAUCAACAUGCGCUCGGGAACACACUACUUUCCCAAGAGCGUCAACUCGCUGGCCAUUGAGGCGCAGCGCUACAAGUUCGGCCUGAACCGCAUUGAGGAGAUGUCGCCCAUGGAUCCGCUGCCCAAGAGCAACUUCACAAGUUCCAAUCAUGGCCUGGAGUCGUCGCCCAGUCCACUGGCUGUGCGGCAGCAGCCGAAGAUUUUUGAAUCUCCCUCACCAAGACAGCGCUGUCGCAUAAGAACAAAUCCCUGGUACAACACAGGAGAGCACUUGCCAGCCUCCUCUGGCCCCACUCGCAUUGAGCUGGAUGCCACCAGCACCACCUCUACGACCUCGUCGGGCAUUAAGUCGAGCAAUGAGCUGGAAGUUCCGGCGGCCAAAACAACAGCAAACAAAGCAGGAAAGGCAGCCACUUAUACACCAACCCCCAACUGCCGAGGCACUCCCAGCAAGACGACCAGAGUGGCGGGUGUGGAUACUUUUGGGGGUGGGACGGUUGGUGCACCUGGAGCUGGGGUCGCUUACGAGUCCGAGGGCUCUUCGUCGUCGACUGAAGUGGAAAAUCUGCAUGCAGCACACACCAUAAAGCGACGACACCUGGAGCAAGCGGAGACGACAACAACUUCAGCUCCUGUGGCAGCUGGUGGAGGAGCUGGAGCUACCACUACCUCCUUUGUGCUUAGUGAUGACGAGGCCACCCUAAACGAGAUGAUUGGGAAAUUUGACGAAAGCUACAUAUAUGAAAAGGAGACUGACAUACUUAGCAGCGAUUCGGAUUUCACUGACUGUUGUGCCUCGGAGCUGGAUACUGGACGGGAUGCGGGCGAUGAGUGCGACACGGAUGAGCUAUUGGACAUUGACUUUAUAGACACUUCGUCCAUGCAAGAGAUGGUACUCGACCGCCAGGAUCUGUCGCGCAAUUUGGGCAGCUGCCAUUACUAUUCCAAUCAACCCAUCAGUCCCGUAAUUAAGCGCAAGGCUUCGACCCGCUCACGUCGCAAAAGUGGACAGGAGACUGGUGAAAACUCGCAACAGCACCGACGUAAGCGGUUCCUUAAGACGCGCAAAAAGAGUAGCGAAAACCGCGAGAACCGCGAAAAGCUUUCCUCGUCGCCGUUUUGUGAGCCUCGCGGGUCUCGAAGCGUGGGAGGCACGCCCGUCUGUUUGCGCCGUAAUUUGCUGGGUCCAAGGGAGAGGAUCUACAAGACUUCACCUUUGUCAAACCGAUCUAAUUCGCUGAUAUUUGGCAGCAUCAAUGAAAAGAAUACACUCACUAUUGCAGAGAGCGAGAAAGCUCUUUUUAAGGCAGACUUGGAGGCUGAUAUAAAAUACAAACAGCUCAUCAUGGAGGCCGAGUCCCUGCUUGAGUCCUUGAAGAACAGCUUGCAAAGUAUCCCUAGGGACACACCGGUCGCUAGCCCGAGGCGCUUGAAUCCUUUGGCUAACAAGCGCGUGGAGAUGCUGAAAAACAGUGAGGUGGACUCCAAGAAACAGGCGUCGCUUCAAAACUCAGUUCCGCUGGAGCAUGACUUAGCCGCUGCGAUCAAUAAGCGCAUAGAGAUGCUAAAGUUUGAAACUUCUUCUACUGCUUCGCCGCCCAACAGUCCGAAACUUGGGCGUUGCAGUCCUCGGAAGACUCACCUGACAAACUUUAUGAAUCAAAAUGCUCCGCCAGAGCUUCCGCCCCGCAAGAUAAAUGGCAACACUCCCACUGCUCCCCUCUCACCACAGCUGCAGCUCAAUGGAAGGCGUCUUCAGGAGAGUCCCAAGGGCAAACGACGCACUAUGAUGGUGACAUCCACAUCCACGACCACAACAACGGUGAUCAGCUUCAACGGCAGCGACUCGGAGAUGGAAUGCAUUGCAGUGGAAGAUAUUAGCAAUCACAACUAUUUGCCGCCGAACAUCAAGCCGGAGGCCCCAAUCCACAGUAAACAGGUGCCGGAGCCUCAGAUUAAUAACAAUUUCUAUUGCCCACAUAGUGAGCCCUUGAAACGCAAGGUAUACAGGGGCAGCUCAUCGUUCGAGCGAAUAAAGAAGAACUUUGACUUGGAAUUGGAUGCAAACGGACGGAGCAAGUCGAGCGAGCGUUCGCAAAUUAAGCUUUCGGCCCCCGUGUCUGCCAAGAGCUCUAUGCAAGACGUGACCGUUGACGAGGCCAAGGGCCAGGCAAUGGAAGGUAGUAACUGCAAGCAACAGCUCAUAUUGAACACCAUUGUUGAUCUGAAGCGCAGCUUGGAGCAUCAGAGCCAUCAGCUGACUGGCCUAAAUGUCGAAUAGAACUGAGUAAACAAACUAUUAAGACUAAGAUCAUCAUCAUACUUAUUCAUCAUGCAUUAUCUAGACAGUAAAUAGCUCGCUAAGACCUAAGCUAACAGUCCAACCGAAUCUCUCAGACUAGACACCGAAACUGAGCGCAAUAACUUUCUAACUGAUAAGGAAAGACGAUUAUUUACACGUAUGAUACACUACGUAAGGGCCGUAAUAGGAAAUAUGGACUGGUGCAGAAAGUUAUCACAAAAUAUCUGUAGCAUGUAGCAAAUUGUUUUAUAUUAUAGCCGUAUACAUAUAGCCGGCUCACAUAAACCCAGAGGUUUUCCUUAUUUAAAUAUGUUAAGUAAAGUUUUCAGUUUCGUAAAGUACGUUAAUAUAUUGAUGUACCAUAGACCUUAGUUGAAUCAUAUCUAAAGAUUUUUAUAUUAAUUGACAUUCUGUUACAAAUGAUAAGUUUAAGUUUGUUGUUUGACUUAAUGAAUACUUUCUUUUAAAAACACUUUUUUAUUUUCAAAGAUAUCCUAGAGUUGUCUUUAUAAUUUAGUUAAGAUGCGCCGAGUUGAAAAUGUGUUUAGAACACCAAAUACUUGGCGUGUCCCAUGUAACUAUACUACCAACUCAUACUAUCCAACCAUAGCUUGAAUACGUUGAUAUUAGUCCCCAUAUUAAACUACACGAGUCAAUAAGUGGUAAAAUUUCUUAGUUACUUAUCGAAAAAUUGGGCGUGCGUUAAUGAGGAACCAAAAUCCAUUCCAAUUAAUGCACUAAUCCCAUUAAUACUUCGCCUAUAUCAUCUAUUGAUAGACUUCGUAGAAUAUUUUACUUAAUCAGCAUUAUCACAAAAGUAUUUAAAAUUAGUCCUUUAAGUAAGCCAAAUUACUGUCCAUCCAAACAAAUAUUGUUUAGCAAAAUUGUUUGUAGACUAAUGAAAAAAAACAUUGUUCUACUAUCUUGUUUUUAUAGUUAAGUUGAAGAUUGUUUUUUUUAUUGCUAGAUAUUGGAUAAAUCUAGCCUAAUUCGAAUUACAUUUCAUUGGUCACCAUAAAUUUUUAAUAUGUUGUAUUGGUAAAAUUUAUAAUUAUUUCCAAUUGAAGAUAAAUUGGUUGUAAUUUGGAUUGAUUGACUCAACUAAUUAUGAAUUAUGUAUUGUGUUGUGUACCCAAUUAAUAUGCAUAUAGACGCUGUAGAACCUACACAAAGAAUACAUAAUCUAAGUCAAUACUGUAACGUGAUAAUAAACUUAAUGAAAACGCCAAGACCAAAAUCCAACAAGAUCCAAAAUCAAUGGGGAUCCGCAGAGUAGUAAGUAUAAAGUAAUUGCAUAUAUCUAAAAUGUUUGUGGUUUAUUGUUUCACACCUGUGUACCUUGUAGCUUUGCGUUCUUGUUUCUCAUUGAAAUUAAAAUUGCAAUUAGUUUUCGUUUUCGCUUACGUACUAGAGCUUGCUUUUAGUGCCUUAGGGCAGGAGGGGUAGUGGACCGGUAUGCUGUGUUAAAUUUACUUAAUUAGUUUCACCCGCGACGCGACACUUGAACAUCGAACACCGGGCACGGACCGCUGGCCCUGCAAACGAAAGACGCAAGCCGCGAAAUCAAAAAUUCGAACUCGAUGUUGUGAACUUUAAAUGGGUUGCUAAUGCGUAGUUCCGCGAGACCACUGAGACGGCUUGGAACUGCAGCGGUCAUGGUAAUUUAUGCGCCCUAGAUUCCAAAUAUUCAAUUGGUUUUCCGAUUAAAGCGACCUUAAGACAAUCCAACGAGCUUUUGAUACGACAAUUUACAAAGGGCAACUUGGAAAAGACUGCUUAUAUUCACUCUCAUGACAGGGAUUUACUCCCAUUCGGGAUGGGGAGAAACCCAGUACCACGUGUGGUAUGAGUGAUAUUUGUUGGGGCUGCAUAGCCUUUAUCCUAUCAGCCGACACAUGUAAUUAUUGAACCCAUGUAUUUUAAACGUCAAUAAAGGACCAAUAUUUUGAA